AUGCUCCGCCAGGCCUUGGUCCAUGGCAACUCCACUGCGCACCAUGUCCAUGCAAUGACACGUUCCCAUACAGAGCAUGGCAAAGAUGCAAAAUCACACACCUACACCAGGUAUGCACCUUGCAAGGGCCACAAACGCAAAAUUUUUUUACAGACAAUAUACAACAUUCCACCACAUCUCAAAUUCUCGUACUGGCAACUAAAACCAAUAAUUAGCAACAAGGAGGAGAAAGGCCACACACCAACAUUCGAUACCACUCUCACACACUUCGAAAAGAUGUGUCUCCACCUAACACCGAUCCACCAAACCCUAUCACUCACUUACAAGCACCUUAACUCCCCUAAAAAGGAGCCUAUCUGGCGCUUUAUAGAUGAUUGGAAUAAGGAUAUAGGUAGAUCCAUCACGCAGGAAGAAUGGGACAGCAUUUACAGAAAUCAUAGGGGACUAA